GGCUAGGUAUAUAAGCCGGUUGCAAACCAGCCCCCUUGAGAAGGCUGUCGGGGAGUUUCGGAGAAGUAGCUGCAGACCUUGUGCUUGCAGCGGUCAGAAGGGAAGUUUCAGGCGGAGAUGACUCUUCCUGCUGAUUCAAAAUUCAUCCGUGAGGCUUUCCCUCAGAGAAGUGAGCUUCUGGAGAAAUUCAAAGCGGAUGUGAUUCUGGAUCCUGACACCGCGAACCCUUGGCUCAUUGUGUCCCCCGAUGGGAAAUCUGUGAGAUCGGGAGAGAAACCACAACAGGACUUGCCUGAGAAUCCCCACAGAUUUGAUCUUGCUCCCUGUGUACUGGGCUCCAAGGGGUUCACCUCAGGGAGACAUUACUGGGAGGUGGAGUUUGGGGAUCAGAGGGAGUGGGCCGUGGGGGUCGCCAGAGAGUCCGUGAAGAGGAAGGAAUGGCUCACUCUUAGCCCCGAGAAUGGGAUCUGGUCUCAAGGGCGCUGGUGGCUGCGGAGGGAGGCAUUCGGCUCCUCUGAGACCCCCCAACCUCAUAGUGGGAGGCCUGGGAAGAUCGGGGUUUGUCUGGAUUACGAAGGGGACUGGGUGGCAUUUUAUGAAGAUGACCAUACGACUAUGAUAUUGGCCUCCUUCAAUGGGGAAAAAGUUUUCCCUUUCUUCUACUUGGGCGGAGGAGUCCACCUCACACUGAUCCCUUGAGGCACUGGGGGAAACAUCCCAAUGGGACCCCCCCCCAUGAAAUGUGCCCCUCUCUCUAGCCAUUUCCUGCACAGCCUCCCCCGAGCCUCUGCGGCCUUGUCUACAUGCAGGCUUUGCAUCAGGGUCUGAUUUAAUUUGAACCUGGAGCAAACACCAGUCUGGAUGAUCUUAAUUUGGCUUACGAGCAGCGUGGCUCAAUUUUAAGCAUUGCCAGCGCAUGUGGUUUUCUUGUGAGUGUCAUGAUAUUUGGUGGGGUUUUUUUUCUUGUGAUUCCAUCAGGAUCUGAGCUCUUAUUAAAUCAAUCCAUUAAUAUAAUAAUGAUGGUAAUUAAUUAAUUAACAAUUCAUAAAACAAACGGAAUAAGAAGAUUCAUUCAAUACCUGGAAGAAAUUUCCAGCCCUCCGAGUUGCAGAGGAAAGAUUGAAAAUGUGACUCCUAAAGGCUCCAACAAAUUAAAAUAUCCCACAUUUAUUACUGUAAGCUCUUUGCAUCAAGGGGUCAUUUUCUAAUCUGGGUCUGUACAGCACCUUGCACAACAGAGUCCUGAUCCAUGUAUAGGUGCUACAACGAUUUUUUUUAAAAUCUCUUGAUUUUUGAGGAGCCCUGACUCAUCAUGUUUGAACACGGGGGGUUGGCAAGACUGGCUUUCGCUUAAACUUGCUCCUAAUUGACUUAAAAGGGAUCAUUUGUCUUGAUUUAAGAGGGUCCAUGCAGGCGUUUGAAGGGGUUUAACUACAUGCGGCUUAAAUCCCAGCUUUCGUUAAACAGGUGCAGUGUUGCAUGGAGACAAGCCCUCCAGGAAUGUCUAUGCCCCAUUGUGGGUCAUCCCAGCCCGGCUCAAGCGUCUCGGACUAGCGGGGCUUGCGUGAGGGCUCCAGAAUGUGCUGCAUAGAAGUUGCAGCUCAGGUCUGAAGCCUGGGGAGGGGGAGGGCUUCAGACCCUGAGCCACAAUUUCAAAGCUCCGUCCGCACUGCACCGUUCAGAGCGCUAGCACCAGCUCCAUGAGCUUGAGUCUCUCAUUCCCAUGGGCUCCAAAAUGCAGUGCAGCUCUACCCUUCGUUUUUAGCUUUGAUGAGCCUGGAAGACUCCCUAGUUCACUCAGAACUUAGUCUUGUCCUCUUCCUAACCUCCUAGGCCCAGAUUCUCAGCAGGACGUAGGCACUUAAAUAGUUUUGAGGAAGUGAAACUCACUCCCUAGUCUCUGGUCGUGCUUCCACAGAGACUCUCUGAGCAGCAUAGGGAACGUCUACACGGCAAUAAAAAACCCACGGCAGAGUGUCCAGAGCACAGAUCAGCUGAUUCAUGCUCUUGGGGCUCUGGCUGUAGAGCUAAAAAUAUCGGUAUAGACGUCCGUGCUCCAGCUUGAGGCCAAGCACAAGACAGGAGGGUCUCAGAGCUCAGACUCCAGCCCGAGCCUGGAAGUCUAGACAGCACCGUAGCCUGAGCCCCGCACGCCCAAGUUGGCUGGCAUGGGCCAGCCACGGGUGCCUGGUUGCUGUGUAGACAUACGCAUGGUCUCUGCUCUGUGAUAGAAAGGGAACGAGACAUGAGGCAUUUGAGAAUGAUGCUCCUGGCCCAUCAUGGGCUGGUCCUUCCUCAUCUCCAUCCCUGUUUUAUUCAAGUUAACAAACAAGCCAAUGGCCCGGGUGGGGACUACUCGAGCAAUAACGGGUGUGGCGACGAAAAAGGAAGGAGACAGAGCGCCAGGUCUUGGUAGCCGAAAAAGCCUCUCAGGGACUUUCUACUGGGGUUUUUAUUUUUUUACUUUUAUGUUUACAACACUUAUGAGUGGUUGAAUUUUUGUGCAUAGGAGGAGCAUACAAUACCCAUCAACAUGACCUAACAAACCCAUAUUUUGUGCACGUGAAAGCGAGCACUGAGGGUGACGAUCAGGUCAGCCAAUAAGUUUCCCAAUCGCAGGCACUGGGGUGUAGGCCGCUCCGGCCUCGCAGCCAUGGGCGCAGUAUGCCGCACCCGUGAACUGGCGAUUCGGGAGCUGUGCGUCCCUACAAACGGGAAUAGGAAAUAAAUGUGAAGUGAGUCAAUGGGAAAGUCCCGUGAGAUGCACAGAAUAAAACAAAGCCCAGUGCCAGGCCUGUUAAUGAGGGGAUUUCUGUUCAGAGUGUGUCCUAUUUGUCCUUCCUGCUUUUCUGUAACUAGCAGAAAUAUCCCUGAUUUUGCA